GUGCGGUGGAUUUGGCACCUGAAGGUCACUGGUUCAAAUCCCUGAUACAUAGAUGAGCUGAUGUUGCUCAGUUUUUCUUGGUUCUGUCCGGUCCGGACAGUUCUCUAGAAAUGGCAAGUGAGUCUAGAACUGCUGCUCCAGGGAACCUGCGCUGACCUAGAUCCCUACAGGGAGCUGAGCUGCGGGGAAUCGGCGUCGACUCAGAGCUGCCGUGUGACCCCGAUCUGAUCUGCACCCCGCAGCGGGUCGGAACCAAACGGUCCACUUCUGACGACGGUUGAACGCCUCAGGGAGAUGAUUGAAGAACCAAUCCGUCCCUGGUGAUUGGUUGAGCCGCCUGGCCCCACCCCCUCCCUGCCAUGAUGGGCCGCGGAUAAAUAAGAGACACCGCAGAUGAGCUCUCAUCCAUCUUUCUGUCAUCUGUACUGCAUUAUUGCAUUGUCUUUCACCACUGCACCUGAACGCACCUUCUGUCAACGUUCAUCCUGACUAGGUUCUAAAGUGGACCGGCUCAGGACCAGGAUGGAUGUGGAGGAUCUGGACUAUCACUUGGUCAGCACAGAGUGCAGCCACCUGGUCGCCUCCUCACCCUCCUCCCCUCCAGGCUUCCUCCUUCCUAGACCGUCGUCCUCCUCGUCUUCGUCCUCCCCCCUGAGCCUCCUGUCUGGACCCACGCAUCUUCACUCCCCGUCAGGGUCGAGUUCCACGGCGCCGUCUGACACUUCCUCAUGUUUUUCCACGUCGGAUCACUUUUCAUACGAGCAGGUGGAGGGCCUCUUUGUAGGUGACUUCCUGACGACUGUGGCCCCCAAGCGGCUGUGUCUGGUGUGUGGUGACAUGGCGUCGGGGUUCCACUACGGCGUGGCGUCCUGCGAGGCAUGCAAGGCCUUCUUCAAGCGCACCAUCCAAGGCAACAUGGAGUACAGCUGCCCUGUCAUGAACGAGUGUGAGAUCAACAAACGAAGGAGGAAAGCGUGUCAAGCUUGUCGCUUCCAGAAGUGUCUCCAGGCCGGAAUGAUGAAGGAAGGCGUUCGUAAGGAUCGAGUGAGAGGAGGACGUCAGAAGUACAAAAAACGAGUGGAGGCUGGAAUGGCGUCGCAUGCCAAAGUGCCGCAUGCAGCCUGCAGCAUCCGAAACAAGGUCAUUUCCUAUUUGCUGCUGACAGAGCCCGCCCCUUUGGCUGCCAAUCAGGAUGACUCGACCAAUGACGGCAGCCUUUGCACCCUGCUUACCCUGUGUGACCUCCUCAACCGCCAGCUCCUAGUUCUGAUUGGCUGGGCCAAGCAGAUCCCAGGCUUCUCUGCGCUUUCAUUGGUCGACCAGAUGUCGCUGCUGCAGAGCGGCUGGAUGGAGGCUCUUCUGGUGGGCGUGGCCUGGCGCUCGCAGGGUGCGGCGGGUGGGGAACUGGUAUUCGCCAAGAACCUUCGCUUAGGCGAGAGCCAGUGUCGCCUCGCCGGCCUGAGCGAGCUGUACGACGCCUUACGUCACCUGACCUCACGCUACCGUCUCAUGGAGCUGAGCCCCGAAGAGGUGGUCACCCUCAAGGCCCUGGCCCUCGCUAACGCAGAUGUGGACCCAGUGGACUGUCCUGACUCCGUGCAGCGCUUCCAGGACUGUCUGCACGAGGCUUUGCUGGAGUACGAGUCGUCCUGCAGGGAGCAGCACCGAGCUGGCCGCCUGUUGAUGAGCCUCCCGCUGCUACGCGAGACGGCCGAGCGGGCCGUGGAGGUCCUGCUGAAGACUCACCGCCACCGCCGCCUCCCUCUUCACAGACUAUUGCUGGAGAUGCUGGACGCCAAGGUCUGAGCGUUUUCUGUCCAUCAUCCAUACGCAGGGACAGCAGACCAAUGAAAGACACUGGACCGGAAACACUGAACUGUAUCUUCAGAACUUUUGUCACAAGUAGACCACCACACCUUUUGCUUUGUGGAUACUUUACGCCAAAUUGAAUAUUUGGUGUGUUAGCACUAAUUAGAUGCUAGCUUGGUUAGCAAGAUGGCGGACACGGAUGCGACUGCUGCUUUGUGGGCGGGGCUUAGCAAACUUCAGUUACAUGUUUAUCCAGUAGGGGCUCUCGUGUUCAUUUUUGAUGAUUUGAAACUUUUUGUGUGACGAAAAAAAUUCUCUGUGGCGACUCCGAAAUCAGGAAAAAGCCGAAAGAAACAAACAAAGUUGCUGCCUGACAGCUCUUUGAUCACUUCUCGAUCACUCAUUAGUUUUAUUCACCAAGGUGAGGAAUUUACUUGAAUUAACCCUCGUGCAAAUUAAUUCAAUUGCAUUAAAAUAACUUAUUUUA